AUUCGUUGAAUUUUCACUAGCCAUAUUGUUAUGAUCAAUUGUACAACACUCCACUAAGUUAAAUAUAUCGUUAAUUUGGAAAUAUCACCUCAAUUUAGGCGAAAAAAUUCAAAGAAUUUCAAUGUAACUACGAGAAAUACAAGAUUUUUUGCCUAGAUGUACAUUUUCGAUCAAGUGAUUCGACAUCAAGAAAAUUGAAAUUUGUUCAUCACUUUCAAUUUGGUGCAUCACCCAAGGGCGUUCUAGGUCAUUGAUUAUUUGUCUCUUUUUCUGGCAAGAAUAGGCUAUUUGACAGAUUCAAUUAUUCGAAUUAUUCAUAAGCUCAUAAAAGUUGAUAUUUUCAAUUCGGAUAAAAAUUUCUGAAAAAACAAUAGCAAUCUAAUAAGAAGUAAAAUUUAAUAAUGCCGCCAAAAUGAAAUUUUACGCUAAGUUGCGUCAGCGACGUCACUUGGAAGUAUAAACAAUCAAGUGUCAUAUUAUACGUGAGCAGUUGUUUACAUUAUAAGUUCAAUAAGUUAAAUAUUAUCAAAUGAAGAGAAUGUACAAAUCGUGUUUAGUACCAGGAUGUACGAAUACCACCGUAAAAACACCAGAAAAGUUAUUUGUCAGUGUACCAAAAAGACCUGUAAUAAGAAAAGUAUGGUUGAAACUCGCUAGAAGAAAUCCGUAUAAAUUAGCAGAUGACUCUACCAUUUUUUUGUGUGAAGAUCAUUUUGAUAUGCAGAAAGAAAUGGCUAAUUACUAUCAGUACAAAAUGGGGUUAAGCAAGAAAGUUCUCAUGGUGAACGGAGUUGUCCCCUCUAAAUUUCCUUGGUUGGAAGAAGGCAAGAAAAUAAUGUGUGAUACCUUGAUUCCUAAAUCUACAACAGAUCCAGUCCUGUUUGAUUCCAAGAAAAUUGUUCAUUCCAGAAGCAAGGCAGUACAGACUAAAAUUAUGAAAAGAAAUAUUUUCUCUUCGAUAGAUAGGAAGGAGAAUACAAAUUCACUAGGAUUGCAAGAAAAAGAUGUCCUCUAUCAUAAGGAUCAUGAUAAUAUUGGUGAACCAAAAGUGAAAAUCGAAACUGAUGAGACAUUUUUUGAAAACCAAAAUACGAUGAGAUUCGAAGGAUGUUGGAUAGAAUCGUCUGGAAGCAGCACUGACACUGCUAGCCCAGUUAAUGAUCAAACAUUGGAUAUUUAUGAGGCUAAAGAGAAUUUUGAAACCAGUGAACUUGUAGAUAACAAGAAUUUUUUGGAAAUUGGUCCUGGACCCUCAGAAUCAUGUGAACAAAAUUUUAGUGUUCCGUUUAAUCUUGGAGCACCAGAAGUAAAAAUUGAAGUUGACGAAAGCAAUGAAUCGAUCGCACAAAUUCUAAGGCUUCCUUUUGUUCCAUGUACAGAUACAUUGGAAACUGAAGUCAAGACAGAACCUGGUUUGGGAGUAGAUGAAUCCAUGCCUGAAGUUAAUGAUGAAGGCCAAGAUUUUAAGAGAGAUGCUUGCAGUUCCUUUGGUGAAUAUGUGGCUACUGAACUUCGUUCUCUUCCAUUAGAAGAUAGGUUUCAAAUACAGCAAGAAAUACAGGAUUGUUUAUCUGCUGCAGUAGUUAGGCGUACCUCAAAGUUGGGAGCUUCUGAAUCGACAAAAGUUCAUAAUCUUCCAUCAUGACGAAGUCCAUCGAACUCCUAAGCUUUUCACCUGACAUUAUGGCGGAUACAGAGAGAAAGUCUUGAAUACUUGCAAAAUAUUUGCAUGAAUAAAUAAGUUUUUAUUAAUGUCUAUUGUACAGUUAUUUAUUUAUUAAUAAAUGAAAUUUUCAUA